CACCAACAACCACAUUUGAAGUAUAAAUUUAAGAAUAACUGCACAGAAAUAAAUAAAAAUGGGUAAUGGUGUUACAUUUCUUAAAAGAAAUCACAAAAAAGUCAUAUUAAACAGCAAUAUCAACUUGUUUUUUUCUUCUUACUUUUACAGCUUUUUUUUUUUGUUCAAUAAUAAACUAAAUUUCAUGGCUGCUAUACAAAAUGCUUUAGCUUAAAACCUAAUCAGCUUAAGUAAAAAAAUAAAACAAAACAAACAUCAUCAUCACAAUCAUCAUAGUUAGCAGCUAAAAUAACAAAGUUAAAAACUAAACACACUAAACUACUACAAUUCAAAAUAGAAACUAAAAGCAGCAAAAGAAAUAAUAAAAAAUAAAUAAUUAAACAAUAAAGUUGACUAAAUUCGAAAAUUAAAAAAAUAAAAUAAAAAUGAAUAAAACAUGAUGAAAAAUGUUGUUGCGACGACGGCUACGCAAAAUUCAUAAAGAACACACUUUAACGAUUAAAAAUAAAAUAAAAAUAUAUAAACUCAACUAAAACUAGAAUUAGAUUUUAGAAAAUGACAAACAAUUGAUGCUCUAAAAAAUUUCAAAACAAGAAAUUCACAUUUUUUUUAAAAAAAAAAAAAAUUUUUGUUGCUACUGCCAAACAAACACAUUCUACAUACUACAUUCGAUUCCAAAAGCACCAAAAAAAGAAAAAAAUCAAAAUAAAAAACAUUCCACAAAUAUCAACACAACAACUGCUAAAUAAUCGUAAAAAUAAUUUCAUUUUUCUUUUUCAACACACUCCAACAACAUAAAAUAAUUUACAAUGAAUUGUGAAAAAUCUAGUGAAACUUUCAAAAGUGGCGGCAGUGGUGCUGACGGCGGCUUUAAGAAUUUUUGGAAUGACCACAUUAUGGAGCGUUUCAUAAAAGCGAAUCUUUUCAUUAUUUGCUGCGUUGCUGCUGGCUUACUUUUGAUUGUCUAUUUGGGUGCAUUUUCAUGUGAAGUAUCAUGGAUAUUGGAAGCAAAAGGUGAUUUACCCUAUUCGGCCUACAUAUUGUGCACCCAAUACUUUGUGGUAUUUGUGGCCACAACAAUAUUAAUACAUGGUUUGGUAACGGGUUUGUCAUGGGGUCUAUUUGCCUGGUCGGUGGUUAUUGGUAUUCUCUCAAUACCAGAAUUGAUAUUUGUCAUGAUAAUGACUACACAACACUGGGGCCUACAAUCCGUUCAUGGUUUAACUGAAUUAAUAGCGUAUUUGGUGCGUUUGGUUAUAAAUUGUUUAGCUUUGAUUUGCGUGAUACCAACUGGCCUAAGAUGGCGCCGUGAAUCCCAGGUCCUCACACAGCUACAAGAUUUAGCCACACGCUUGCAGUUGCAAACACCACCACCCAGCGUUCCCAUUACCAAGGCCGAUUCUCGACGUUCCAGUAAGCGUUUACAAAAUCAACAAACUGCCUUUGAAAAUGCAGGAUUUCAAAUAACCGAACAACCAACUAAGGUCAGCAUUAACGGUUCACAACCGCAAGGUCUUAAUGCAUUCGGUUCGCAAAAUGAAUUCAACGCCAGUAUGUUUGCGUUGCCAUUUUUGCAACAAUAUGCGGCUCAAGGAAACAAUGGAAAUAGAACAGGCAACAAUCGUGCUCAAUCCCUUAUGGAUCUCAGGUGCACUUUACCCGGCCUUUACAAUCCCCGUUAUGUGCUAGAAAACAGCGAUGAGAAGAAUGGAAAAUAUUUCAAUAUAACCAUAGAUGAUUUAAAAAAUAAUCUACAGGAUACCCAGAAACAACAGCCACCUUCUCUAAUUGGCUCCAGCUCAAACGAUCCCAUCUAUUGUUCCAUCGAACCGAAACAACCUUCUCCACCACAGCAGAGAGGUCAGCAGCCUCAGCAGCGUGAACCCAUGGCAUUGCCACCUCAUGUACAGCAGGGCAAACAAGCGCCACCUACAAAAUUGGCUCGUAAUUGUAUAUCGUUGGAAAAUCUCGAUGGCAUUAGUAAAGUACAAAAUGAUUUGGCUGCCUAUGGCAACAAUCUGUUGCAGAACUACAAUCAACAACAGCAAUACUAUCUGGCCAUGUUGGGCUAUAUGCAGCAACAUCAACAGCAGCGUCCCCAUCCACAGCUACCCUACAAUAGUAAUUUGAAUUUAUACCGUAGACCAGGCAGUCAAACGAGUCUCAAUCCCUCAGUAUUCACAGCAGCGGCUGGGGCUCCCUUGGCUCCACAAUUCCAAAGGCGUAAUUCACAACAGUUGCAAUAUUAUGGAGGUUUUGGUUAUGCCAAUUACACAAAUCCUUACGUAACUGCCAACAGUAAAUUGUCAUUGGGCAAUGAAUCCGAUGAUUAUCGCAAAUAUCGUGAUGUGGCUUUAUGAGAUGAGAUGAUAAUGUAUGAUUAAUUAAUAACAACGUAUGUUAAUUAUGUUACCGCAAAAUGAAAAUAAUAAAUUUAAGGUGCUACCAUAAAGAGAGUGUAAUAUCAAGUCAUUAUUAUUUUAUACAUACACAUGUAUGCUCGUUUACAUUUAAACCUUUAUAUUAUUUUUUUUAUUGUUUAAAAUCGUUUUUAUUUAUAUUUAUGUACUCGUAAUUGUGUUUAAAAUUUUAUUACACAGUACAACAUUUUUCAGU